AUGGCCGAGGGAACCCCAAGAAGAGGGUCGACAAUAGCGGAGAAGAUAGCCCAAUUUCGCGCAGCAGGCAUCUCAGGCAGCCCACAGAGGACAACGAAGGACGACGCUUUCUGGUGGCAGAAUCCUUCGCCAACGCGCCGCGGCGAUGUCGCCUCCCGCAUUCCACCACGCCCAGACGCCCCCUCCCAGCAACCCGCUUGGUACACUUCAACGACACCACCGGCUUCAUCAGGCCUUAAGCCCUGGUCACAACAGCCGGAUUCGGAUGCGAGGUAUCGCGGCAUCGAUCAGAGCCCGUCCCGUAACACACCCAGCCGUGCUUCCCACACCGCGGCUGGGGCGCCGCUGGCGCCAACAUCCAGCGCCAUGACAGCAGCCUUGCACCGGCUGGCACAUGAGCAUCCCACCUUGUACCAGGCAGUGAUGUCCCUGGAAAGAGGCGCUGACGGCCGCCUCUCCGAAACCGCUUUACAAAUGGUCAACCAGGCAUUCACACGCUCCACGGCAGGUCACAAGCUGGCAGCGCCGCCAGCGCCGGCCCUACCUGCUCACGCCGCGACGCCGCCAAGUCACACCACAACCACCAUCGUGCCGCAGCUGCGUUCAAGCCAUCAACAACAGAUGCGUACGGAGGUGCAGGCUCGCGCCCAGGCAGCCUUGGCAGCUGCUGCCGCAUCCGCGACUGCUGCGGCAGCAACGGCGGUGGUGGGCGGAGCCUCUGGUGGACCGGCAGCAGCAGCAGCUGCAGCAGCGAGUAGGAGUAGGGGGGAGGAGGUGAUGCGGGAGAGUGUGGAUCAGCUGCUCUCACGGUACCGCCGUCAUGGCGGUAGGUCUAGCGAAGGGCCUGCAGCGGAGGCGGCGACGUCUUCGGACCGGCCAGCCGGGGGGUCCAGAGCUGCAGCGCUGCGUGAGGAAGAGAAGGAGGAGCCAGGCGUUGCGGCAGCGGCUGGUGCUGGUGCCGGUGCCAGCGGCAGGGACACCCCUCCUGCUACUACUCCUUUAGACGUCCCCGAGCCGCAACGAAGGCUGUCGUCGGGCUGGCGGGCGCCGGCUGGACAGCAGUCGCAGCCAGGUCCGCAUAACUUAAGCGCGGAGGACGGGGCCCCUGCGGCAACACCAGCACCAGCGCCGCCGUCGGCUUCCAGAAAGCCCACUGCGGAGAAGCUUCAGAAGAUCCUACAGCUGGCAAGUAUAGCGAAUCAGUUGGCUGUGUCUUCGCAAUCAUCGCCCGACACUGCGAACCGCGCGUCCGGUGGCGGCGGUGGUGGUGGCGGCAGCAGCGGCACCCAGCCGCCGCACCUACAGUCGCAGGCAGAUGCGUCUGGGGUACGGCGGUCCAGGCACGGCAGCGCGAGCUCCUCCGCGGGCGAUCUGGCCGGAGAGCCUAGCCUAGCAUCGCUGCAUUCUCAGACGACCACUGGCACCAGACAACACGGCAGCGAGCGCCAGAUUCCCGCGGAGGCUCAGCACGCCACUAGGCCCCUGCCGUCGCAACCGCUGCCGCAACCAGCAGCCGCGACGGGGUGGCCUGCACCUGCCGAGCCAGUACGCGCUGCUGACGGCGAGCCCUCAGCGGCAGUGGCAGCUUCGGCUCCGGAUCUUCAGCGCGAAGGAGCCCCUACCAUCCCGAAUGCCUCUUCCUCUGCCGCUGCUGAUACCGGUGCAGGCGCUCGUGCUGCUACUCGUGAUACCACUAAUGAACCGACGGGUACUGCUGCUGGUGUUCCGGCUGACAGGAGUUCUGGCGGCGCCUUUGAGUUCCCCGUGGCGGUGAUGGGCACGGCCGUCGACUCUACGGGCCUGAUGUCCCGUGCUUUCGCUUCUGCAGCGCCCGCUACUACGUCGGCGGCUGCGUCUGUUGGUGGCGCCGGGGCGGCAGAUCCUGGUGCUGCUGCUGCUGCCGCUGCCGCGCGUCGUGUGCAGUUCUCGCCCAAUGAACCCCAGGUCCGCCUUUACAGUGAAGGUACGGCAAGCGGGACGGCAGGGCUGCCGUCGAUGCCGCCGCUGGCGACGGCGCCGGGUCCCGAAGUCGCCAACGUCCCGGUGGCAACACCGGCCGGCUCAAUGCAACCCGUGUUCCUGUUGCCCUCGCCAACACCGCCGGAUGACCCAAGUGCACCUAGACCCACUCACAUCUUUGUCCCUGCUGACCCGUCAUUGCCUCCGGCGCUGGUUUCGGUGCCGGGCUUCGAGCCGCUGCCUCCCGGAAGCGUCAAGCCGCAGCGGAGAUCACGGUACGGCAGCGGGCGGCAGUCCCCUGGGGGCGGCAGCGUCAGCCCUCCCCGUCGGCGGAGCUCCUCUUCCUCGCCAUCGCCGCCGCGGCGUGACGCCGGAUCCACAUCUGCUCCCACUGCCGCCGCCGCCACAGCCGCCACAGCCGCGGCUCCAGGCAAGCAAAGGAAUGAUGUGGAUCGCAUGCUUGACUCCGACUCGGAUUCCGAUAUGGACGCGGCGGGCGGUCGCAUGCCUGCCGACAUGGCCCUGGAGACGAAAGCGGCGGAGCAGGCGGCUGCACAGUUGGAGCGCGAGGCGACGGUGCACACGCCCAACCGGCUGUCUCGACUGCUGGAUCAAGUGGCCGCAUUCAAGCGCACGGAAGGGGAGAGGCUGAUGCGGGAGGGGGAGAGGCUGAAAAUGGUGGAGGAACUCAAGGCCAUGAACAUUGACCAGCUGUCGACGCUGCUGGGCCCCACAAGCGAGCUGCUCAAGGACAUUAGUCGAUUUCGGGAUCUGUACACGGGGAAUUUGGAGCUCGUCAAGGCCACGGCCGAUGAGCACACACGUGCGGUCCUGGAUGCGCUUCAGUGCACCGGCGACACCGCACAGGCGGUCAAGCAGGCCGUGGUGGAGUCGGCGUUGCGACAGCAGGACGAGGUGAUGCAGAUGGUGGAGCGCAUGGCGCCGCCCGCGCCGCCGCCGCCCCCACCGCGAUCACCGUUGCUGGCGCUGCCUGCGCAAAUGCUCUACAGUAGCGCGCCCCCGGCCUCCGAGCUGCUAAACCCAACUUGGUGGACGCAGCUGCUGGACCCGGCAAACCGUGCAAGCCUCGCUGGCAGUGUGGCAGCCGCCGCCUCCGCAGCCUCCGGACUGGAUGCAUCUGUGCCUGGGGAUUCCGUGUCACCAUCCCAGGCCGUAGCUGGGGACCUGCUGGCGCAGCAAGUCGCGGGCCUUGCCACCGCCAUCCGUGCCUCCCUAGACCAGCAGACUGAUGGUGGUGCGGCGGUUGAGGACCUGUCCGUCAGCGCCAUUACACGAGCCGCGCGGCAAGUGUCUAUGACGCUGGACAUGGCCGUCCGUGAGUACAUCGAUCGGACCGCUCAGGCCUCAGCCCCUGCUGCCGCUCCCACACAUGCUCUCCCCGCCCCGGCGGGGCCUGCCUACCCGCUGAGCCCCGCCGUCCCGCUGGGGCAGCAUUAUGGCGCUAUGCCUCCUGCAGCUCUAGCCGCGGCUGUGCCGGGGACAAGCCUGGUGGUAGGCCAGGGCGCCCGCCUGGGUCAGACCGACCCGUGGGGUGUUCAGCCUGUAUUCUUGCAGCCCACGGUGCUGCCGCACGGCACCGAUGCCCAACAGCCCUUGCUGUCCGCGGCAGCGGCAGCUCCGGGACACGGUGUGGUGGCGCCUGCUGCGGCCCUGGUGCCGCCCCCCGCAUCGCUUGUGCAGCUGCAGCAGGUCAUGCCCAUGCAAGGCGCCGUGCCGGCUGCCGCCAACAUGGCGCCGCAGCUGGUUGCGGUCCAGGGUCCCCUGCCGGCUGGGGGCGCCAGCGGCGCUGCGCUCCUGAACUUGCCGAUGUGCACUUUACCGGCACCGGCCGUGACCCACCCGGUACAUGGCAUGAUGCCCGUGACCACGGCGGCGGUGACCGUGCAGCAGCAGCAGCAGCACAGGCAGCUGGUGUAUAGUGCCGCCACACAGCCAGGCGAGGGGCUGCCCUGUCGGCUCGACCUGCAGGUUGUAAGAACACCACCGCCGCUGCCGGCACAGCCGCCACACCCACCAUAUUCACAUCCACAACCACAGGAGCUACAGCCGCAACACAAAACGUGGCAGCAACAACAACAGCAGCUGCCGUCGUGGCAUCAGACAGAGCCGCGAGAGCUUCCGGGCGCACCAGGCAAUGCAGUGGCUUGGCAUGUUGACGCAUGCGAUGGGGGCCCUGGCAGCCCCACCUCCCCCCGCACCUGGUUCCCCGGCAGCGCAUCGGCCGGCGCACCUGCGCUUUACUCACACGGUAUCGGCAACAGUGACGCAGACGGCAUCGGCCAAAUGGACAGAGUUGGGGGAGGUGGCUAUGGCGACGGUGGCAGUGGUGGUAGCGGUGUUCAGCAGGAAGCCCCAGCUCCGGAGUCGAGGGGUCUGCCAGUCGUGUCUGCCUGGGAGGCCGAGGGAACCAAUUGGGUUCGGCCUGCCACCGCAAACUCAGAGCCUCACCCUUCAAAUCAUGUCAUUUUAAGAGGCGACAAAGCAGUAAGAGGCGGUAACAGUGCUGGCGACGGUAGCGGUGCUGGCGAUGCUGGCGACAGCAGUAGCGGCCGUGGCCUGUCGUUCGCGGGCAGCGAACCUUCCCUAGCAGCGGGCAUUGCGGAGCUCACCCUGGCGGCGGCUGACACAACACAGUUGCUGUCACCGCUGGCGCCGCCUGUUAUGCAAAACCCGGCAUGGAAUGGUGGAGAUGCACACGUGCUCGUGCCUUCACGCAAAACCUCUGGGGAACACAGGCGGCAGCAGCAGCAGCAGCAGCAACGGCCGAUGCCGGUUUCGUAUGUCCUGCCAGGCUCCACGGCGACCGCAGGACCGCAUCUGGAAACGCCCUUCACGCCAUCUGCUGCGGCGCUUGCUUCCCAGGCCCAGCCGCAACCCAAGUCGCAACCGCAGCUGCUGGUGCCAUACGCUUCGCAAUUGGGACACCAACAGCAGGCAGGAGUGGGCGCUGCACCGGGUCCGAUUCCUGCCACCGCGGGGACCCUUACCCCUAAGAGGUACCAGCAGCAGCCCCUGCAGCACUGCGACGACGACCAUCAUCAUCAGGAGCAGCAGCAGCAGCAGCAAGUUCAGGCUUCCUACCAAUGGCGCGGGGUUGGCACCGAGGUCCGAAAUUCGGCUCAGGAGCCCGGAACUUCCCAAGGACGUGACUUCAGUGUCACGCAAAGCCACAGCGCAGUCAGCAACUGGAUCCCUACCAACGUCAGCGAUGUAAGGCCGCCGCCACACGCGGCCAGGUCGCUGUUCAAAGGCAGCUCGGCGCCAUACCAGCAGCCUGCACAGCAAACAUGGCCAACGUACCACCACCAGCAGUCUAGAAUCGAUUCGGCAGUGGCUGACAACUCAAGUGUACGGGACCGGUCGCUGCAGGGCACCCCGGUGCCACCGGAACACAUGCCUGCCGGAAUUCCAGCGCCGGCGGCUGCACCCGCACCACCAGUAAUCACGUCGGCUGGACCAGGGGCUGGUAUGUAUCGGUCAGCAGCUACCGUGCAUCUUGGGCCGCCUGCGGCGAUCCAUUCGCAGGUAGCCGGCGUACAGGCAGCAGCUCCCGCAUCAGCAUCAUCACCAGUAGCAGCGGCACUUGCCGGGCCGUCGCUGAGCACCUAUACCUCCCUUUUGGGGUACACGCAGCCUGCGACUGUUGCCUACGGCUACCAGCAUCAUCACCCGCACCAGCUCCCUCCGGGGUGCUCCCAAAACCAACAGCAUCAGCAGGCACACUCCCCAGUCAUGCCACAGCUGCAGUGGCCGCCACCGCAGCCUGAAGAUGCACAAAGUGAGCUGGCAUCGCGGCGGCGGUCGGCAGUUAGCAGCCCGACGGCUAAGAUGGCAGGUACUCAGGCGCCAGGCCCAUUUUCGCCGCCAAGCAGGUGCUUUCCAGGGCCGCGGCUGGAAUCUGCCGCGUCUGCAGAGCCAAGCAUCUAUCACCAGCCUCAGCAGCUGCAAGCUUUGCCUUUGCAGGACCAGCCUGCUCCGCAGCCUGUCCUACUUCCCAUGACGAUUCAACCGAUAUCCCGGCAACCGCAGCAUCAAACCUCGAAACGACAUUUGACCACCAGCGCAUUGCCACCUGCGUUGGCGGCGUUGCCGACCGUGUCCUCUUCAGCGGGACAUUCAGAAGAAGUGAAGCGGGCCUACCAUGCGACCCUGGCACAAUUGCAGGCCGUUUAUCAUGGCAAUGGCUAA